AUGCGCGUGAAGCCCCCGGGCCCAGUGGUAACGACCAGCGUUGUGCGUGGCUCGCCCGACUACGUCCGAGAGCCCAAGUUCUACCCGCCGGGGCACCCGGCGCAGCGGCCCCCAGCCUGCCCGGCGGAAAAGGCCUUAUCCUGCAGCGUGCUGAGCUUCCCUGAGGGCUCGUGCCCCGCGCUCGGCCGGGAGCACCAGGCAGGCUCGCUGCUGCACGGCGACCCGGCCGACCGGUGCCAGAGCGUGCACGGGGGCACCAAGGCGGCGGAGGACUUGCUGGGCUGUGCCGGUGAGCCCCGGAUCCUGGGGGGCAGCGCGGAGGAGGCAGCCGCCCGCGAUCGGGCGCCUAAAACCUUCCCCAACGCGACGCUGGCCUCGGGCCGCUGCAACGUCGACAGCAUCCUCGCCUUGCUCCGGAGCAAGUGCGGCAACGGGCACAUCAACCUCCACCCCGUGGUGCAGCUUAUCGACAUCAUGAAGGACCUCAACCGCCUCUCCGAGGACCUCAAGAGCAGUGGGGUGCACCUGGACUGCGGCAGCCUCCGCGGCGGUGGCGGCGGUGGCCACGAGGACAGCCGCCUCCUGCCCGCCGACCGCGACCUCCAGUACAGCUUCUUCUCCUCGCCCUCCCUGGCCAACAGCAUCCGCAGCCCCGAGGAGCGGGGGGUGCUCUGCAAAACCGAGCCGCCGCGGCAUCCCCGGCCCCCGGCCCGCGAUGGAGAGGCCGACGGCGGCGGGGGGAGCGCCCCGCAGCCCCCCGGCCACAGCGGGGGCAUGGGGGGGGCCUCCAAAGCACCGGCGGAGGAAGCCGGUUGCUCCCAGCCCGACGCCGGCGAUUACUCGGACCUGGCCGAGGCGGACAUCCUGAACGAACUGGCCUCCCUGGCGUGCCCGGGGACGCAGCUGCUGGAGUCGCAGUCGCUGGAGCCGCUCUCCGAGUCGCUGGAGCUGCAGUCGCUGGAGCCCUUGUCCGAGUCGCUGGAGCUGCAGUCGCUGGAGCCCUUGUCCGAGUCGCUGGAGCUGCAGUCGCUGGAGCCGCUGGCGGAGCCGCUGGGGCUGCAGACGCUGGAGCCGCUGCCCGGGGCCCUGGAGCCGCCGCUGCUGGACGCGCGGGCCCCGCUGCUGCCCGCCGAGCCCUCGCUGCUGGAGGCGCAGCCGCUGGGGCCUGUGUCGGAGCUGCUGGAGGCGCAGCCGGGUGCCGGGGACCCGCUGCGGCCCCACGGGCUGCAGCCCCGGCUGGGGGGGUGUCCCCUGGGCGGCGUGGUGAAGCGGGGACCCUGCGGGGGCCGGGGGGCCGGGCGGUGUGGCGAGGACCACCGCAAGUACGCCCUGCGCCGGACAGACAAGCCAAAGAUGCUGUGCCGCCGGAGGAGGGCAGGGCGAGGGCGCCGGGCGGACAUCGCCCCCGAGAGCCGCGUCUUGUCCCCCCUCGCCCUGCCCGCCGAGGUGCCCCCCGGGCCCGAGGAGCCCGGCGCCCCGCUGCUGGCCCCCCCGCCGCCAGCCCCCGCCACCCUGGACCCUGACGAGGUGCCCAAGGCCCCCGCGACGGGGAAGAAGAGCAAGUGCCGGGGGGUGAGGAAGAUGGUGGUGAAGAUGGCCAAGAUCCCCGUGUCCCUGGGGAGGAGGAACAAGACCACCUACAAGGUGUCGUCGCUCAGCAGCAACCUGAACCUGGAGGGCAAGGAGCUGGCGGCCAGCAGCUCCAUGGAGCCCACGCCGCUGCUCAAGAUGAAGAACAACGGGCGCAACGUGGUGGUGGUCUUCCCCCCCGGCGAGAUGCCCAUCAUCUUGAAGCGCAAGCGGGGCAGGCCCCCCAAGAACCUGCUGCUGGGCCAAGCCAAGCCCAAGGAGCCCGCCCCGGAGGUGAAGAAGAGGAGGAGGAGGAAGCAGAAGCUGGCCUCGCCCCAGCCUUCCUACAUUGCCGACACCAACGACAGCAAGGCCGACUACUCGGAUGUGCUGGCCAAGCUGGCCUUCCUCAACCGGCAGAGCCAGUGCUCGGGGCGCUGCUCGCCGCCCCGCUGCUGGACCCCCAGCGAGCCCGAGUCCAUCCACCAAGCCCCCGACACCCAGAGCAUCUCCCACUUCCUGCACCGCGUCCAGGGCUUCCGCCGGCGCGGUGGCAAGGCAGGGGGGUUCGGCGGGCGUGGGGGCGGCCACGCCGCCCGUGCUGCCCGUUGCUCCUUCAGCGAUUUCUUCGAGGGCAUCGGGAAGAAGAAGAAAGCCCCCGCCGCCCUCCACGCCGACCCCGUGCAUCCGCGCAAGCGGGGCCGACCGGAGCCCGACCCCGUGGGCAAACCCAAGCGGAAGCGACGGGCCCGCAAGAACGGGGCGCUCUUCCCCGAGCCCAACCCCGGGCAGAGCUUUGGCGACGGCCCCGUCGAGUGGGCCGGGGGGGAAAAGGGCAGCCCCUGGGCCCCCCACCACGGCCACCCCGGCGGCCAGGCCGGCCGCAAUGGCGGCUACCAAGGGGCCGAGGCGAGACCCUUCCAUGCCGCCGGGCUGGAGUCGGGCUCCUCCGGCCGGGCAGGCUUCUACGCCGGGAGCGCGCCGUCCUCGCAGACGGAGGCCGGCCCGGAGAGGCACAGCCUCUUCACCGGCUACUUCCGCUCCUUGCUGGAUUCGGACGACUCCUCUGACCUGCUGGACUUCGCCCUCUCGGCCUCCCGCUCCGAGUCCCGCAAGUCGGCGGCCGCCUACACGGCCCCACCGGCCGCCCUGCCGGGCCGGUCGUCCGAAUGCCGGGGGGCCGAGGCCUUCCCCAAGCUGGCGCCGCCCUCAGCUGUCUCCCGGUCGCCCACGGCUCACCCGGCGGCCAGCGGCACCCCCGGCUACUCCCCGUACGGCAGCUACGGCGCCGGGCAGAGCGUGGCACCGGCCAGCGUCUUCCCGCCGGGGAAGCAGUACCCGUCGGCCCAGGACUGCCCCAACAGCAAGGACUGCAGCUUCGCCUACGGCAGCGGCAGCAGCCUCCCAUCCUCCCCCAGCAGCGCCCACAGCGCCGGUUACGCGCCGCAGACGGCCGGUCCCAGCCUGCCGCUGGGCAAAGCCGCGUUCUUCAACAGCGCCGAGCAAGGGGGACAGUUCUCCAGCGCGGCGCACACCCCGUUGCGCUGCGAUAGCCGGGCCAGCACCGUCUCGCCCGGCGGCUACAUGGUGCCCAAGGGUUCGGCCUCCUUUCAGCCCUCGCCCGAAAAUUGCCGGCAGUUCCCUAGCGCCGCGCCGUGGGCUUUCCGGCAAGGCUACGGCGGGCUGGACUGGAGCUCAGAGGCCUUCAGCCAGCUCUACAACCCGGGUUUCGAGUGCCACCUCAAUGAGCCCAACGUCAUCCUGGACAUCUCCAACUACACCCCGCAGAAAGCCAAGCAGCAAACCGUCUCGGAGACCUUCUCCGAAUCCUCCUCCGACAGCACCCAGUUCAACCAGCCGGCCGGCUACCGGCGUGCCAACAGCGAGGCCUCCUCCAGCGAGGGCCAGUCCAGCCUCUCCAGCCUGGAGAAGCUGAUGAUGGACUGGAACGAGGCGUCCUCCGCCCCGGGCUACAACUGGAACCAGAGCGUCCUCUUCCAGAGCAACUCCAAGCCCGGUCGGGGCCGACGGAAGAAGGUGGACAUGUUCGACACCUCCCACCUGAACUUCUCCUCCUCCUCCUCCUCCUCCUCUGUGUACCCCUCCAAGAGGAGCACGGGACCCCGGCAGCCCCGGGGGUCCCGGGGGGCUUGUGCCUCCAAGAAGGAGAGGGGGACGGGCAAGGCCAAGUUCCCCACCAAGUCGCAGGCGGUCAACCCCCUCUUCCAGGAGAGCACGGACCUGGGCUUGGACUACUACAGCGGGGACAGCAGCAUGUCCCCCCUGCCCUCCCAGUCCCGGGGCUUUGGGGUGGGCGAGCGGGACCCCUGCGACUACGCCGGCCCCUACUCCAUGAACCCCUCCACCCCCUCGGACGGGACUUUCGUCCAGGGUUUUCAGAGCGACUCCCCGGGUUUGGGGCAGCCAGAUUUGGAGAGCAAGCACUUCCCUGCCCUCCCGCACCAGCUGGCAGCCCCCGGCCAGCAGACUGUCUUCGAGGCCGGCUUGCAGAAAGCCUUCUCGCCCAACUGCUCCCCAACCUUGGCCUUCAAGGAGGACCUACGGGCGGGCGACAUCCGUAAGCUGCCCGCCUGCGACUCGCUCAAACACAGCAUGCAGGGGGGGGCCUUGCCGCAUGCCCCCCACCUGGCUUGCCGCGAUCUCCCCAUGCCUCAACCGCACUACGACUCCCCCAGUUGCAAAAACCCCCCGUACUGGUAUUCCCCCAACGCCAGCACCCGUAGCCCCUCGUACGACGGCAAAGCGGGGGCCGGUAUGCUGGUAGACUUCAUGGGCAGGACGGACCCCCCAUGUCUCAACCCCCACUUGAGCAGCCCGAGCGGCACCCACCCCUCCAAGGGCGAGAAGGAGCCCUUGGAGAUGUCCCGGGCUCACCACCGAGGACCCUACGCUUGUCCCUUGAUCAAUGACUUGAACAUCUCCCCCGUACCGAGAGACUCAAUGCUGCAGCUGCAGGACAACUACAGGUACCCCAGUUUUGCACCCCAAGGGCACCCCGUCAUGGCCCCCACCCAGAAGAGCGGGUUUUUGGGACCCAUGGUAGAGCAACAACACCCCGAGGACACUUUUACGGUCACCUCAUUGUAGUGUCUGCUGACGUGCCAACCGGACAACGAGGUUUUGUUACAGGAGGUAAUUUAGCCAGCACUUUUUUCUGGAACACUUUUCAAGUUCUGUAUUUAACUGGGAUUGGAACCGUUUGUUUGUUUU